AUGGAUGAUGAAUCGAGGAACGGCAAGGUGCCCCGGCCAAGCACGCCUGUGCAGGCCGAACGAAGGCCCUUUCAUCACAUAUUCCGGCGGGCGGGGGCUGGGGUGCGGCUACGCAAGGGCAGGGGCGUCAUCGGCGCUCGUCUCAAAGCGCUCGAUGGACAUGCAAUACGUCUACAGAGGGGCCACGCCGAGCACCUCAUCAUCGACGCGGCGUCCCCCUGUCCAAGGCGGGACUUGGUCGGCGAUCAAUUGGCUGCGGGCAAGACCAACAAACAAUCAACGACAACAAGACCAAGAACAGAGGUGUACAUUUACACGCCUGCACCUGCACACGCACGCACACGCACACCUUGCUGGGCUGCCCAUCAUGCCGUCGUGUUCUAG